UCUCUGCAUUUAUAUUUGGUCAAUGUAAAACAUUAAAACACGAAGGGAGUAAAAUAAGUUCAGCUCAAAAUUAGAUCCGAAUAAAUAAGUUGAGAUAAAUUAUAUUUGAAUAAAUUAGAUUAUAAGGGUAAAUUCCAGUUUCUACAACAUCUACUCUUCCUCCACGAGUCCACGAAGUUCCAGCCGAUUUCAGAAACUUCCAUAAACUUCUUGAAUAAAAACCCAAAACGAAUCUACCUUCCUCUUCCUAACUUCCAGAAAAUUAUAUCUUCCAAAUUAAUAACCCCAGAAAUCCCACAAAUAAAUCCAACUAAAUAAACCCAAAAAAUUAAAAAAAUAAAAAUAAUAAUAAUGUUCUUCUUUUUCGUGGGAGGAGUAGAGCAACAGGCUGGGCAAGUCCUGAAAUCCGGAAUCAGCAAGUGCAUUAACUGCGGUUCGAAAGCUGAUCUAGUUCAAUACGACAACGUUUUGAAGGUGUUCUUUGUACCUGUUUGGAAAUGGCCUGGUAAAAAACCUCUGCUUCAUUGUAAUACUUGUAAGCUGUUUUAUCCUGAGUCUUUCUCUCUUCCUCCUACUACGACGUCGUCUCCACCGCCCGAUAUCGAUGUUUUAAGGUGUCAAUCUUGUGAUCGUGUUGUUGAAGCUCAUUAUCGCUUUUGCCCCUUUUGUGGUGUUUCUUUGUAAGGACUUUUUGUGUUCUUGUUUGUGUUUUUGAUGAAUAAUAAUAAUACAUACUUGUAAUUUUAAUAAAAGGAUUUAAUUCGAGCUAUUAGGGUCUGUUCACUUCAGCUUAAUUUCAGUUCAAUUUAGUUUCGCUCUAAUCAGUUUAGCUCAUUUUAGUAAAUAUGAACAAACAUUUGGUUUGUUGUUUUGUUAUUGUUGUUUGCUACUAAUCAUAGCAAUUUGAUAUCAAACGAUUCCAAGCUUCAACCAUUAGCUUAAACGUUAAAGGAUUGGAAGGGAAUUUUCAAAUUUUUUAUAGCAUUCUAAACUUGAUUUAGGAUAUGCACUCACAAAUCAACAAGAGUUAUAAUAUAGCUACUUUGUUUUUGUGUGGAAUUGAAGGCGUACUUAAUAUUUUCUCGUGUUAUAAGAUGAUGAUAACUUCAAGGAUGAAACAUUGGGGUUACACUAGUAUUUUCAAUAAUGAAGCAUAAUAGUUGUACUUUAAAAGAUUGCAAUUGAAGAAUAAUGUUUGUCCUCAAAAUUUCUUAACAAAAGAUACAUUAGAAAGAAGACAUGCUUUUAAUGUACAAUCAUCUAUUCUAUAAUGGUGAAAAUUUACAAUCACUCAACUUAUAAUCGGGUUUCGUAUUAGAUGCCCUAAUGAGGAGUAAAAUAGGGGAGGAAAAAAAAAAAAAAAAAAAAAAAAAAA